AUGGCUACCAAUUCGGACAGAGGAGAUACAGGCCAGGAGAAUUUGAUCGACAAGCCCUCGCAACUCGUGGCUGUCUACCGUUUCGUUAUUGUUGAUGGCACCCUCAUUACGCUGAAGAUGUUGGACCUCAACGACAAUCAAAAGAAUGCUAUUGAUUGGGACCCUGGGGAUGAUCAAAUGUGGAAUUUGGUAAGGGGCCCGCCACAGGAAGCGAGUGGGGCCAUGGACAGGCCGAUCGAGGAGCAGGGCGAAAGACCGAAGUGGGGCAAGAUCCUUGAUAUCCCAUUGAAAACUCCAGGGGGUACUAAAGAUGAUAAUGGCAAUGUUCUGCUUCUGUCUGAUUUUCUUCACUAUCCCUGA